AUGACGCCAUUUUCCUCUGAGCUGGUUGGUUUCACUAUCCCUUUCUACUCCAGAAGCCAGAAGAAACACAAUUGCAAUUCUCACGGAUUACUACUAUUUCACAAUCGAAGCUUCUUGAGCUGCUCAAGUUCUAACCUUAACCACGACAAUGGCAAACCCUUUUCAUCUUCGGGAGCAGCAGCAACAAACCUUCAAGCAGCCUCCACACAAACCCAUUCACAAUCUCUCGGAUUUAGAGAUACACAGAUGCUUAAAAUCUUCCAUCGAACAUGUCGUUUAGGGAAUUACAUGGAAUCUCUGCAUCUACUCGAGAGCAUGGUACGUAAAGGUUACAAUCCCGAUGUGAUUCUCUGCACUAAGCUCAUUAAAGGUUUCUUCAAUCUUAAAAACAUCCCAAAAGCCGUUAGGGUUAUGGAGAUUCUCGAGAAAUUUGGUCAGCCUGAUGUUUUUGCUUACAAUGCCUUGAUUAAUGGGUUUUGUAAGAUGAAUCGAAUCGACGAUGCUACGAAAGUUUUGGAUAGAAUGAGAAGCAAAGGGUUUUCUCCAGAUACUGUGACUUACAACAUAAUGAUUGGUAGUUUGUGUAGUAGAGGGAAGCUUGAUCUUGCCAUGAAGGUUUUAGAUCAGUUGUUAACUGAUAACUGCCAACCGACUGUGAUUACUUACACGAUUUUGAUCGAAGCGACGAUGCUGGAAGGCGGAGUUGAUAAGGCAUUGAAGCUUUUGGAUGAGAUGUUGUGUAGAGGGUUGAAACCGGAUAUGUUUACUUAUAACACAAUCAUUAGAGGAAUGUGUAAAGAAGGGAUGGUGGAUCGCGCGUUUGAGAUGGUUCGGAAUUUGGAAUUGAGAGGUUGUGAGCCCGAUGUGAUCUCGUAUAACAUCUUGCUUCGAGCUCUUUUGAACCAAGGGAAAUGGGAAGAAGGAGAGAAGCUAAUGAGUAAGAUGUUUUCGGAGAAGUGUGAGCCGAAUGUUGUGACUUAUAGCAUUUUGAUUACUACUCUAUGUCGCGAUGGAAAGAUCGAUGAAGCGUUGAAUCUGCUUAAGGUCAUGAAGGAGAAAGGGUUAACGCCCGAUGCUUAUAGCUAUGAUCCUUUGAUCGCUGCGUUUUGCAGAGAAGGUAGGUUAGAUUUAGCUAUUGAGUUCUUGGAAACUAUGAUGUCGGAAGGAUGUUUACCGGAUAUAGUUAACUACAACACGGUUUUAGCUACAUUGUGCAAGAACGGGAAAGCGGAUCAAGCGUUGGAGAUUUUCGGAAAGUUAGGAGAAGUUGGUUGCUCGCCGAACUCGAGUUCUUACAACACAAUGUUCAGUGCGUUAUGGAGCAGCGGAGAUAAAAUCAGAGGGUUACAGAUGAUAUCAGAGAUGUUGAGUCACGGGAUUGACCCCGAUGAGAUCACUUAUAACUCGAUGAUCUCGUGUCUAUGCAGAGAAGGAAUGGUAGAUGAAGCUUUUGAGUUAUUAGUUGACAUGAGAAGCUGUGAGUUUCAUCCAUCGGUUGUUACAUUCAACAUUGUUCUCUUGGGAUUCUGUAAAGCUCAUAGGAUCGAAGACGCGAUCGAUGUUUUGGAAUCGAUGGUGGAAAAUGGAUGUAGGCCUAAUGAAACUACUUAUACAGUGCUCAUUGAAGGGAUUGGAUUUGCUGGUUAUAGAGCUGAAGCUAUGGAGUUAGCCAAUGAUUUGGUUCGUAUCGACGCGAUUUCUGAGUAUUCGUUCAAGAGAUUGCAUAGGACUUUUCCUUUACUUAAUGUUUUACAGAGAUCUUCGAAUACAUUUGGUCAUUAA